UUAUUCUGUUUUUUGCAGACCAAGAAGAGGAGGAACAACGGUCGUGCUAAGAAGGGCCGUGGGCACGUGCAGCCCAUCCGCUGCACCAACUGUGCCCGUUGUGUCCCCAAGGACAAGGCCAUCAAGAAGUUUGUGAUCAGGAAUAUCGUGGAGGCAGCAGCCGUGAGAGACAUCUCGGAGGCCAGCGUCUUCGACUCAUAUAUUCUGCCCAAGCUCUAUGUGAAGCUGCACUACUGUGUCAGCUGUGCCAUCCACAGCAAGGUGGUGAGGAACCGCUCCUGUGAGGCCAGGAAGGACCGCACCCCACCACCCAGAUUCAGGCCGGCUGCUGGUGCACCAAGAGCUCCUCCGAAGCCCAUGUAAAGCAGAAAUUGAAAAUGCUGUAAACCUGACAAAUAAAUGGAGAAAAAUCUUUACAAAAACA